CACAGGCAACCACUAAUAUGUUUCGAAGAUAAAUCUUCUAUUCAAUGUUUGCAAAAGUGUCCCAAGGACCUUUCAUGUGGCCACAAAUGUAAAGAAAACUGUGGUUUGCCAUGUACAGACAAAUGCAUGGAAUCAGUGAAGGUUUCACUGAUUUGCGGGCAUGAUACUAAUGUAACAUGCCAUGCAAGUAAGAACUUAAAAGAGUGUCGAUGCAAUGAAACUUGUGGAAAGGAAUUAGCUUGUGGCCAUACUUGUGAUGCAAAAUGUUCAGAUUGCUUUCAGGGUCGUCUUCAUGUUAGCUGUAAAGCAAAAUGUAAAAAGGUUUUACUUUGUGGAUAUAAGUGUACAAAGCGAUGUGAUGAGGUGUGUGAGUGUGACCAAUGUAAAUCAGGCCAUAAUAGACAAGAUUACAGAGCCAGUUGUCAUCAAAAUGUGCAACAGAAUUCGACUCCAAACAUCUCUCUUUCAAAUGAACCAUGUACCAAAAAAGCACCUUGUAAACAACACCAAUGCAUUGGAAUCAAGGAUGAAGUUUGUCCCAGUUUGUGUUUUAUUUGUGACGAAGAAGAACUGCUUAAGAUGGACAUAAAAGACCCUGAGCAAAGGUAUCUCCAGCUAAAAUGCAAGCAUAUAUUCAUAUGUUCCACACUGGACGACCACAUGUUACAAUGCAAAGAAACCUUGAAUAAAAUGAUCAGGGUUGAAAGACCACAAUGCCCAAAAUGUAAUGCAACUGUAGAUGAAAGUCGCUACAACCCUGUGACAGCAAGAUUUAAUAAGGACUUGAAAGAAAUACAAACGACAAGGCAAAGCUUGCAUUCUUAUUGGAAGAAAAAUGCGAAGAGAAUUUUGGAUAAACAUAUUUAUAAUCAAGAUUUAAUUCAAGAACAACUGGCUGAAACUUCAAUUUGGAGGGCAAUGGACAGAGGUAUUAAAAUGGAUAAUCGUACUGCUGAAGAAAUCUAUUGUUUGGAAAUGUCUCUGAUAAUGAUGCACCAACUUGCACUGGUUAGUAAAGAGAUGAAAAAACUUCUUUCAACUAACCAGUCUUCCCAGGAAACUAUACAAGAAUUGUGGAAAGCUGUAUGUCACAUUAAAACUUGGAUACUGAAGUCUAGAUCAAAGUUUACUGAACAAGAAUGGAACGAUUUUCAAACGGAAAUAUUAAGAAUUGUGCAUGGUGUGAUUUGGGUCAGGAAUUUAAAAACAAGUGCUACAGCGGAGAAGCAGGAUGUGGAAGAAAUUCUGACACAGCAUCUUCCGUAUACUGUUGAAAAACGUCACAAAAUGGAAAUUUGUUUAAAACAAUUGAAUAAAGAUUACAAGAAACUUGUUGAGGCAAUAAUUGUAAGAGAUUUUAGCACGGUCAGUCAAAGCACUGCACUUGAUGGAAAGUGGUACAGGUGCCCAAAGAAGCAUUACUUUUGUGAAAGUUAUGCAGAUUUGCCUACAUGUUCACCUUGUAAAGAUUUUAAAAUAUUUCAAAUGAACGUUGAUUCAAUUUUGGGGUCUCGGCGGCCUUCGAAAAAUCGAUUAAAAAACCUGAUGCAAAAUGAUGUAAAAGCUGAGGAAAUUUUCCGCAAAAUAUAUGAACUGGCUGAAAGAGAUGUAUCAAAAUAUUGGGCCCAAUUUGCUGCAAAUAUAAGUCAUGUUGAUUUCAAUACUAAAGCAUCCCAAAGGAUUCAUGGCCAGAGAAUGCAAUUUAAAAAAGUAAUUAAAGAGUUCUGCUACAAGAAAAGCUGCGAACUUCUUUCAGAUGCUGAAAAAAUAUCCAAGUUAAAAGAAAAUAACCAGUUGGGUCACAGCAAUAUUCCUGAUCGGCAUUUGCUUUGGAAACUGACAAAGAAAUUUGAAAGUGAACGAGGAAAAAUUUGGUUUAUGGUGGAGCUGUUUUCAAAACUGCUUGGCGAAGUAUCAACGUUGAACAAAAGUUUUGAAGCCCUUCUGGUAGCUGGUGAUGUUAUAUCUCUUCAAUUUCUUCAGCACAUGUUUCACAUUCCGAGAGUAGAGUUGCCUUGUCAAAAAAUUUUUCCCAAGAUAGUCGCUGCUAUACAUGGUCACCAAUUCUUAGAACCAGCAGCAAGACAAAAGUUACAAUUCGGUUUUUCAAAUCAGUCACAAUCAUGUUGGUUAUGUUACAGAUGAUUAUUUGGUUUAACCUAUAGGGGUAGGCCUAUGCAGAAGUAUAGAUAUCUUGAGAAAAUCCUCUGUAAGGUUCAAUGUAGGCCUACCACAUGUUAAGAAGCCAUAUUUAGAUUUUUUGUUAUUUUAAAAUUUUUAUCCGUAUAUUAUGGCUCUAAUGAGUUUUAAAAAUUCCGUUUUUAUUUGUACUAUCAAUUUACUGCACUGUAUUUGUACGAUCAAUUUACUGACAUUUCUGACCAUUCUUAAGCUAUCUAUGUAAUAUUGAGCAUUGUGUUAUAUUUCUUAUACCAUAUGCAGAACCUUGUCCAUGUACUAAGUGAAUGUUUAUCAUUCAUAGCCAAUGCCUAUUUUCCCUUAAUU